CGCGUGGAUUGGCCUAUGAGCGUGGGCGGAAUCUUCCAGGGGCUUGCUCUUGAAGGCUCACGGAGAGCGAGUGUCGUCAUGAGCGAUCAACAGGACAGUAUGGCCACCACUGUUGCUGUCAGUCCCAGCGAGUAUCUUCAGCCCUCUGCCACUUCCUCUCAAGACUCCCAGCCCUCCCCACUGGCCCUCCUGGCCGCCACCUGUAGUAAGAUCGGCCCCCCUGCUGCUCAGUCCCCUGUCAGUGCCCCUCCUACCCAACCCCAACCUCGCCGUCUCCUCCCCAUCAAGCCCGCCCCCAUCGCCCCCGCCCCUCCCAAAAACCUGGGCUUCCUGUCCGCUAAAGGAAAUGUGAUCCAGCUGCCAGCGGGCCUGGGCUCCAACAGCCCCGGCACCCCCAUCGUCCUCACAAUCCAGCAGAGCCCUGGCCGCUCGACUCAAACAUCCAACAUCCAGUACCAGGUGAUGCCACAGCUGGGAGGCACACAGACCAUCCAGAUGAUGCAGCAGGGCGGACAGAUCCAGCUCAUCCCGGGUACCAACCAGGCCAUCAUCACCACGCCCAUGACGGUCCCCCAGCCACAGCCCGCUAGUGCGCCCAUCACCCCGCAGAAGACGGUGGCCAUCAAGCCGUCCCCCAGGGGGCGGAAACCAAAUGCAGCCAACGUGGUGCGGCUGCCUAGCGGGCUCACGCUGCCCCUCAACGUAGCCACCGGAGAUGAGCCAGCGGCAGCUCCUCCCCCGCCAACAAAGGGCAGACGAGGAAGGAAGAAGCUGGUGGCCGCAGCCCCUCCACCACAGACCACCUCUCCGCCCCCCGAGCAGAUGGAGACUAUAUUGUUAGAAGCGGGGGAGAAUAUUAUUCAGGCGGGGAACCAGCUUCUGAUUGUGCAGAACACCGGGUCGGGCCAGCAGCAGCUGGUGCAGUUGGUGCAGCAGAAACAGGAGCAGCAGGUGGUCCAGAUCCCCCAGCAGGCCCUGAAGGUGGUGCAGGCUGCCUCCGCCACCCUGCCUCAGGUCCCCCAGAGACAGCCUGCACCCAGCCUGCAGCCAGAGCCCACUCAGCUGCUGAUCAAAACGGCAUCAGGCGAAUGGCAGACUGUGCAGCUCCAGGAAACCACAGUUUCCACGGCAACAACGCCCUCCAGCAUGGUCACCACCACCCUGUCGUCCGUGGGGGCCACCAAGCGAACACUGGCGGGGGGCAGGAAGGAGAGGACCCUACCAAAAAUAGCUCCGGCGGGGGGGAUGAUAGCAUUGAACGCGGCCCAGCUCUCUUCGGCGGGCCAGGCCGUGCAGACUAUAAACAUCAACGGGGUCCAGGUGCAAGGAGUGCCCGUCACCAUCACCAACGCAGGAGGGCAGCAGCACCUGACAGUGCAGACGGUGCAGGGCGGGGCCCUCCAGCUGGGCGGCGUGACCUCCCAGGGCCACCAGGUGCAGAUGGAGCAGACUCUGGCUCUGGAGCUGCAGGGCCAGCCUGGGGAGAAGAAACGCCGCAUGGCCUGCACCUGCCCCAACUGUAAGGACUCCGAGAAGAGGCCCGGCGAGGUGGGGAAGAGGAAGCACAUCUGUCACAUCCCGGGCUGUGAGAAGACGUUCCGGAAAACAUCCCUCCUCCGGGCACACGUGCGCCUGCACACCGGCGAGCGGCCCUUCGUCUGCAACUGGGUCUUCUGUGGCAAACGCUUCACGCGCAGUGACGAGCUGCAGCGACACGCCAGGACACACACAGGAGACAAGCGCUUCGAGUGCAACCAGUGUCAGAAACGGUUCAUGAGGAGCGACCAUCUCACGAAGCAUUACAAAACACACAUAAACACCAAGAACUUGUGAGCUGAGCUGUGCUGUAUACCGACUGUAUACACAGUUAUGCCCUGAUGAACUAAACCCCAUAGAGGGCCGCAGGAGAGGAUACCAAGAUGGGUGAACCCCAAAAAGGCCCCAUUCUCCUUACUCCCCCACAGAGGCUUCGUAGCCUGGUGUACAUACCAAUCCUCCCCCUCACGGACUCAACUGUUCCAGUCAAGUUAUUAAUGAUAAAAAUAUAUAUAUAAUUAUGGGCAGCAUGCUUACCUACGUAGGCAGAAUGCGUAUAACAGCGAAAGGUGGUCUCCCAGAAAGACAGACAAGCGUGGCUGCUGUGUUCUGAUGACCUCACGCUCUGAGCGCCAUAUCCAAAUCCAGUCACCAGGCCUGAGGGAGGAAUGAGAGCGAAACGGAUAGAUUUAGUCUACCAAAGUACCCGAGCCCAAAGGAGACUCCAGCCACUCUUGCCCCUUCUUGUUUUUCCAUGUUUCAUUCUUUUCGAUAUUAAUAACAAAUAUUAUUGUUGUUGAAGCUCCAGAAUAAGGUUUUUUUCAAAGUUGAUCCUCAAGCCCCACGAGUAUCCAAGGUACUUUUUUCAGUCAAACAAAUCCUAUUCAGUAAAUUGCACUACAUGCAUAUCCUUUUACAUAGUUUGAACGGUAUUUGUAAUUCUAUUCUUGUUCAAUAUCAAAGUAAUAUUAUUGAUUUUCCAACAAAUAAAUGAUUUGGUUGGAAAGAAAACAUGCAUACCUAUGAGUCCUUGGUGACCACUUUGAAACCUUACACAGUUCCAGACUCGGAAAACCUAAGUUGGCAAAAUAAUUUGUGCAUAUGCGUACAAACAUACAUCCACACAUACAUGGGCAAGUAUAGAUAUUUAUGAUGUUCAGACAUAAUACCCUUUUCGGGAGGUUUUUUUGUAAAUUGAAAAUGUAAUUUAGGUUUUGGCAUUUUUUUGUUUGAGUGAAGAGUUACAAAUGAUUUUGAAUACAAAUGAUUUUGAAUACAGACUCCCUCCUAAUGAGUUUAAAUGUAGUGCUUUGCUAAGUGUAUAUCAUUAUGAUAUUAACUAAAUAUGUCCCAAAUAUUGGUCUGGCAUGACAAUCAUGUCAUAAGAUGAAGAGAGAAAAAAAAUCAACAUUAAAAUGCUUUCUCGGGCCUGUCACAAGUUAUUAGAUUACAUUAGAAGUCAUAACUUGUCUAUUAUGAUCUACAUUAAGAUCCGUUUGAGGCAAAUAUGUUUGAUAAAACAUUUCCGAUUCAUAUGACAUACAAGUUGACAAGCUAUCCACUAUUAUUUAUCUAAGGUUUCUGGUGUUUCAAUUCCUUUAACCCUCAAGGGAGAACACCAGUACAAUAAGUUCUGUUCAAUGAAUACAUAUUGACUGUUUAUGUAGCUAACUGCAUAACAGCCUACAUUUAUUUUUUAUUUCAAAUAUUUAAUGAACUAAUCAGAAAGAUUUAUAAAUGUCCCCCAACAAAAAAAUAUGAUCCUCAUGCAUUUUAAAAUGAGAUCAACGUUUCAUUGAAUAGCCCAUAUGAAAAUCAUGUCCAGUAUGUCUGGAUGCCUAAACUGGGCCUUGGGAAUGGAAAUAAUGUCCUGCUCAUAUUUAUGUUUGUAUUGUAUGUGCUGAAUGUGUAUAUACAAUGUGUCUGGGAGACACAGUAAAAUGUAGGAUAGAAAGUUGCACUGCCUUGUAUUUUGGCCAGCCUGGUCAGAGCUGAAGGAAGUGGACUCUGUACAGUGUGAAAGGAAAAUGAGUAAUGUGACAUUGUAUAGCUUCAUUCCUGCUUUGUACACCAUUACUUCUAGAUGAUCCCUUUUCUAUCGAAUUUAAAGUUGCCUUAGACAGUUGCACCCAGUAUUUAAAGAGAUUUCUGUCUAAUUUCCAGGGAAUGGCAUUUGUAGAGUUCAUUUUAUUUUUGUCUAACUUAUGUUACAUAAUGCCAAUGUUUGUGCACUGACUUGAGCCCAGGUUCAAAAUGUGAUUUUUAUUUGAUUUUUAAGUAAUGAUCAGUGGAUGAGUUAUUUUACCUAAACUGAAAAGGUCCUAAUGUUGGUCUCAGUGAACCAGGUGCUUUUCCCUCUCUAAACCUAAUCUACCACAGUAAUAGAUACAUGCCCUGUGUAUGUCUGAAAUGGCACCCUAAUCCCUAUAUUGUGCACUACUUUCAACCACAGCUCCAUGGUCUCUGGUCAGAAGUAGUGCACUAUAUAGGGAAUAGGGUGACAUUUCAGACUUCCUUUGUUUAACAGAAGUUCUCAGAUAUCCAGCUAUUGCCCAUCUUUUAUAACUUGUAUUAAGGCGCUUACUACAGGUGCUUGCUCCUUUUUUUACAGUCACCCACCCCCUCAAUAAAGCAUUCAAACUGUA